AAAACUGUAGGGAAAAUGGAGAGGAACUUCAAUUUAGAUGAAAAUACUGGGAAAUUAUAUUUAGCUACAUCUUCAAAAAUUGAUAAGGAUGAGUCUUUUAAAUUAUACGUUGAAGCCAGAGAUGAUGGCAGUCCUCCUCUGAGUUCCAUAGCAACGGUUAUGGUAAAUGUCAUCAACCAACACAACAAUCCCCCAAAUAUUGAUGUGAACUUUAUUUCUACACAGAAUCACAACACAGCCACCAUUCUGGAAGACAUCAAAGUUGGUAGUUUCAUUGCUUAUGUGAUGGUCACUGACAACGAUGUUGGACACAAUGGAGAGGUGAACUGUCAUAUCAAAGAUGACACAUUCAAACUACAGUCAAUGGGAUCGAAGGAAUAUAAAAUAGUUCUAAAGAAAGCAGUAGACAGAGAGACACAGGAACAUUAUCACUUUACUGUGUCGUGUGAAGAUAAAGGAUUACCUGCUCUGAAAACUGAUAAAGAUCUGUCAAUCCAAGUGUUGGAUGUGAAUGAUGUAGAACCACACUUUACGAAAGACACAUUCAAGUUCCUUACCUAUGAGAAUGACAAAGCUAAUUUCCCUAUUGGCUUUAUCAAUGCUACAGACCCAGAUAUUGGUAAGGGAGGUGAAUUGUCUUAUUCUCUGAGAAAUAAACAGCAAUAUCGUCUGCCAUUCCAGAUUAUCAACUCUGGCUUUAUUUCAACAAACCAGUCUUUAGACAGAGAACACAGAGAUUUCUAUGAGUUUGAGGUUUUUGUGAAAGACAAUGGAAGCCCAUCUCUGAAUAACACAGUGAAUGUUGAAGUGGAAGUAUUGGAUAGAAAUGAUAAUGCUCCAUAUUUUACAUUUCCUAGUGUUGACCCUUUCACUCUUAAUGUCCACUAUCAUCCGCAAAGUAAGAACGACAUCACAGUUCUGAAAGCAUCUGAUAUAGACAGUCACAUGAAUGCUUUUCUCAGGUAUGAAAUCGUUUCAGGUAACGAGAGACAGUUAUUUAAACUGGACUCGUUCACUGGUGUGUUAUCUUACUCUCGCACAGUUUACCAAAAUGAUGCCGGAUCAUAUGAGCUUGAGUUUGUUGUGAAAGACAGUGGUACUCCAGUUCUGUCAGCAACAACUAGUGUGUCUUUGACACUGACUGUUAGUAACAAGACGUCACCAAUGUUCACAGCUGUGCACCUACCAAGUGAUAACACAAUAGAUGCGACAUUGUUGAUUAUCAUUGUAGUAGCAGCUGUGAUAGUAUCUAUAGCUAUUGUGGUUUCUAUAACCCUGUGUAUUGUGAGAUGUAACAAUGUGAGAAAUAGCUCAUCUGAAAGAACAGCAGAAGAGAAACAGGCAUACCAAUGUCGCAAUGAGAUGAGACAGUUGAUCUAUCAAGGUAACAACAGUGUACCUGUGAUGUCAGGUAAUCGAGGAGAGAUGUCAGAUAGAUACGGUCAUUCGAGGAGCCAUUACUAUCCUGAAGACUGGAAGACAUCAACAAUGAGCAGAAGUUUACCAAAAAGUAUGAAGCAGAAAUACAGUCAACCGAUUGAGGUGACAUCUUAUGGAGACAACAGACCAUCUUCUCACUAUCCCACUGACACAUUGACCAGUCGUAAGAGCAGUGGACAGUGCUGGAGUGAGCGGUCAAGCAGACAGUAUGAAGAGAUACCAGCAAUGUCAGGAAUCUAUGGUGGUGCCCCACCCGAUGUAUCAAGCAGCAGUGAAAGAGACCAUUACCAAGACAGAUAUGUGAAACCUCCAGAGAGACAGUUACCUUCAACACCAGAUGUUGUUGUCAGUUAAGUGAGACUGAGAAAGGAACACAACAGAAAUAAUAUCACCUUCAACAUUCACACAACAUUUAAAACAACAGAAAUAUAUUAGUUAGUAAAUAAUAUUGCCUAC